UUUGAGACCAUUAGACAAAUACGUUAGGCAAUAUGUUUUUGAAGGUUAUAUUGCUAUUUAUAGCUUUCUAGCACGGGAAAUGCGUGCUGUGCCACCACAUGCUCGUUUACGUUCUAGCCUAGCUAGGUAGCUAACUCAGUCUAUUUUACUGUUUUCUAGCUAACUAGCGUGACCUAACCUAGUGUAUUUAUUCCACAUUAUGUGAAAUACAAACGCAAUGCAUAGUCACUUGGUACAAGGCAUGACAUCGUUUGCUAAAUUACGAGAUUGGGGGGUCUAGCUAGCGAUGUUGGGCUUGAAAAGUACCUAGAAGACAUCACAUUUUUUAAGUGCCCUGCCCACCGCCUCCGGGAGGAGCGAACGGGGAGCCCACUAAUUCCAAGCGUUCCAUCUCUUGUUUUGAUCGACUCUACGUGCAAAUGUUGAAUUAACCCCGGGGACUUCUCAUGUCGGCUAAAUGUGAUAGGCUAUGCAGCACAGAAGACUGUAUGCCCGGUACUGGGGUGUACCUACGACACGGCUACAUCUACUCCUCGCUAGCAGGCUAUGUACUCAGGAAGAACGAAGGAGAGGAGCUACCAGUCAUCUCGGUGGUGAGAGAAACCGAGGCUCAGCUACUACCAGAUGUAGGAGCCAUAGUGACCUGUAAGGUGACCUGUAUCAACCCCAGGUUUGCCAAGGUCCACAUCCUCUACGUUGGUUCCACACCACUGAAGGACCGUUUUAGAGGAACCAUCCGGAAAGAAGAUGUACGAGCGACUGAAAAAGACAGGGUGGAGACGUAUAAAAGCUUCCGUCCUGGAGACAUCGUCCUGGCUAAAGUCAUCUCCCUGGGAGACGUCCAGUCCAACUACCUGUUGACCACAGCAGAGAACGAGCUGGGGGUGGUGGUAGCCCACAGUGAAGCAGGAGCCCAGAUGGUGUCUAUCAGUAGUAUAUUUCUGUUUCCCUCCUCUCAGGAGCCCAGAUGGUGUCUAUCAGUAGUAUAUUUCUGUUUCCCUCCUCUCAGGAGCCCAGAUGGUGUCUAUCAGUAGUAUAUUUCUGUUUCCCUCCUCUCAGGAGCCCAGAUGGUGUCUAUCAGUAGUAUAUUUCUGUUUCCCUCCUCUCAGGAGCCCAGAUGGUGUCUAUCAGUAGUAUAUUUCUGUUUCCCUCCUCUCAGGAGCCCAGAUGGUGUCUAUCAGUAGUAUAUUUCUGUUUCCCUCC